AUGCGCGUUACUCGUAAAUCCUCCAACACAGUCCACACUGCCCCUGGGUUGACUAGGGCUGAUGCUGCUGGCCCAACCACUGUGCCUGUUAUCUCUGGAAUGGUGACUGCGGCAGAUGUUCAGUCCUCGAUGGCUCAGGCGCACGUAGAACCCACUGAGGCGAAUUCUGGUGUUGCUGUCGAUCCUAAGCUCCCUUGUGCUCGGGAUGAUGCAGGCGUUGAGGAGGCUGUUGUCCAACACAGCGAAGGUGAUGCGGCUACGGUGGUAACUGCCGAGGGAGGCAUACCGGUCAAAGUGGUUUCUGCUAAUGGCGAGGCCGUGAAUGUUGAUGUCAACUUGGCUACGGCCAUCAUUGGCAUAGGUGGUAAUGUCGAGGAUGCUCCAUCGCAGUUGGGGUCUGCUGUGCCUCCCCCUUUGAAAGGGCUUUCUGUUGAGGAGAACCGACCAUGCAGAAGGGUUUUCGAGGUCGCCACAGGGGGCUUUCGUGAGGAGACUGCUGUGGCACACCCGGCAGGUCCCGACACGACCACAGCGCCGACAGGUGUGGGUUUGCACCUAUCGUACGCGUUGGAGGACCUUCAAGGAUCGUACACGUACCUCGGCAACGAAAACUUCAACACCGAGGGACAAUGCGUGUGGCAGCGGCGUGUGUGGCACAAUGUUCUCGCCAUCAAGGGAUCCGCCAACUCCCCCUCGACUGACGGCGCCGUCAUCACAUUCGUUGGCCAGAUCAGCGACAGCCGCUACUAUCUUCUUCCUGACGCCGGGUACCGCAACCCCACGACGUUCACGAAGAGCCUUGCAGACGCCAAGGGCACGGCGACUCUCUUGUGUCCCCCAUUGGCUUCAUUCGGCGCGCACUGGGAAACAACAUACAACAACGUCAAGAAGCUCGCGACGGCGAUUGCGACGCCGGGGAACCCGUUCAAAGGUGCCCUCGACAGCGACAAGUCCAUCAAGGUCACUUAUAGGCCCUUCCUGAAGAAGGAUUCGUUCGUCGGCGGUGGUGACGGUGACAUCGACGAACCCUUUCGUCUCGAAAACAUCCCUGUGCAUGGGGACAUUGCUAUCGCCGAGCUCGCCGCGAUGAAGAAGACCCAUAUUUUCAACAUCUUGCCCGCGUACGACGUUGACGGCAACCUUAUCCUUCCUAAGAACUACGAGUCUGCGCUCAAGGGUGCGGUUGUCGUGGUCACCGUCAACCUCAAGCACUACGACUUCCCUACCCGAGGAUCAUCUCCAGCGAGCAACACCUUCGUCGCUGAUGUCGUCAAGAUCAGGGUUCUUCAACCUCCGCAGGCGUCGACGGAAAAGGUGGUGAGGAAGCGCGUGCCGACGAAGGACGCGGAUUUUGGCGGGUCGUCUUCCAAGCGCGCUCGGGUUGCGUAG